AUGCAGGAGAUCGACGCGAAAUACCAAGAAAUCCUGCAGGAACUGGAUGAGUAUUAUGAGAAGUUCAAGCGGGAGACGGACAGCACCCAGAGAAGGAGAGUGCUGCGCUGCAUUCAGAGGGCCCUGAUUCAGAGCCAGGAGCUGGGUGAAGAGAAGAUCCAGAUCGUGAGUCAGAUGGUGGAGCUGGUGGAGAACCGGGCCAGGCAGGUGGACAGUCACGUGGAACUCUUUGAGGCACAUCAAGAGGUCAGUGACACCACUGGCCACAGCAAAGCUGGCCAGGAUAAGUCAAAAAAUGAGACAAUCACGCAGGCAGAAAAGCCCAACAACAAGUGGUCCCAGCGACAGCGCAACAACGCAGCUAAUAAUCACGACCAUGAUUACAUCACCUCCGGAAUGCCUAAGAAGGCAGAGGCCUCCAAGAAGAAGAAAUGCUCCAAGGCCAAAGCCGUGAGAGAAGCAUCCCCUGCAGACCUUCCCAUUGACCCAAACGAGCCCACGUACUGUCUGUGCAAUCAGGUCUCCUAUGGAGAGAUGAUCAGCUGUGACAAUGACGAGUGCCCCGAGUGGUUCCACUUCUCCUGCGUGGGGCUGAACCAUAAACCCAAGGGCAAGUGGUACUGCCCCAAAUGUUGA